AUGUCAGAUAGCGACUGCCAACGAUACUACAUCUGCAUCAACAGUCGUCCACGCGUCCUGGCGUGCGGUGGAGACAACGCCUUUGACGAACUGACGUCAACCUCUGAGUGGCCUGCCUACCCUUGCGCUUAUCCCAUGGACGCACCUUGCCAGGGUCGUGGUGCUCCUCAGCCAGCCCAACCCACCGCCGAUUGCCCGCACCAAUACGGCUUCUUCCAAUCACCCAAUGCUGACGCCAUGCACUGUGGCUCAUACCGUAUGUGCGUGGAAGGCAAGGCGAUCGAGAUGCAAUGCCCACCCGGUCUAGCUUUUAACUCUGACAACGUUCGUUGUGACUGGCCUGAUCUCGUUCCUUCUUGCAAUGCUGAACAGUACCUUGGUUUUCAAUGCCCGCCCGCACCUAUUGACGACGAUGGUAACCCAAUGGAUGUUGUGAAUUACGCGUACAAAGGUAAUUGCUACGCCUUCUACUCCUGCGAGCAUGGACGUCCCCGUUUCUUAACCUGCGAUCAAGGAUUCGCCUUCGACUCCGUUAGAGGUCACUGUGUUAAUGAGAAAGAGGUUCAAUGUGCGGUUCCAUUGACACAGCACUAA